AUGUUGAAAAUUUUAGCUUUGGGGUUAAUACUUUUGUAAGGCUUAGUUCAAACUAAAUACAGUUGGGGUAACUGCUAACCAUAUGAGCUUAAGUAAAAUUUCGACGCAACCUAAUAUGUGGGCUUAUGGUAUUAAAUAUAUCGUGACAAGGACUUCAUUUUUGAGAAGGGCUCUACAUGCUCUACAGCAAAGUAUGGACCUCUCUCAGCCACUCAAAUAUCUGUCUUUAACAGAGCUAUAUUAGAAAAUGGGGAUGUUUAUACUAUCAGUGGAAGAGCAACUUGCCAAGGUGCUGAUUGCAAAGUUAAAUUUGACUGGUAUAUCCCUACUGGAUCUUAUAAUGUAGUUGAUACUGAUUAUACUUCCUAUGCCAUUGUCUACUCAUGCUCUAAUUUCCUUUUUGGAUUGUUCAAAGCCGAAUAUGCUUGGAUUUUGGCAAGAACUUAAACUCUUGCAUCAGAGGCUACUUAGAUUGCUACUCUUUAGCAAAAGGUUCCUGGGUAUGAUACAAACAAUCUUUACAAAACUCCUCAAGGUGGCUCUUGUGUUUAUUGA